CAUGAUUCACGUCGGUGAAAAUACAUGGAAUCUGAGGAUUUUCAUUACGGACCUACAGGUGGAAAAGCACCUGAGGGUUAAGGGCGAUCAGCAUAUAGGCGGUAUUAUGCUGCAACUGGUCGAUCCGGAAAAUCCCAAAGAUUGGUCAGAUCAUGCCCUUUGGUGGCCUGAAAAGAACAUUUGGUUGACACGAACACGUUCCACGUUGGAUCAAGUGGGCGUACAAGCAGAUACUCUGUUGCAUUUCACACCAAUGCACAAAGUGUUGCGGGUACAGCUGCCAGAUCUGCGAUACCUUGAUUGUCGUGUAGACUUUUCGACAAAGACAUUUGCUGCUGUUGUCAAUUUGUGCAAAGAUUUGGACAUACGUCAUCCAGAAGAGUUGUCAUUCUGCAAGCCACUAGAAGCGGAGCAUUUAAAGAAAAACUUUGGAAAAUUCCCACCGAAAAAAGUGCCCAUUGUUGAACCAAAUGGUACGGUAUAUUUACAGCCAGCACCAGAUACCAAUUCGUUUAUACCGUUGAAUUCGGCAUAUCGUGGAAGCAAUGGUAGUUUGGACCGUACACAGAAUGGCAAUUUUCUAUGUGCUCCUGUGUCACCUUACGGCACAACACCACGCCGAACAGCAGGCACAGCCCCAGGCACCCCCAUAAGUUCGCCAACUGGCACCUGGAAGGCAAGCAGUAAUGGCUAUGCCACAUAUGAUUCUGGUUCCAGUCUUGGUGAUUUCCAAGAGAAUUUAGCCGCAUCACCACGUUGCCCCAGUCCAGAUGUAAGAUCCCGGUUGGUACGUCCAAAAACUCUAAUUGAAAAGGCGCGCAUGAAUGUGGGCUGGUUAGACUCAUCACUGUCCAUUAUGGAGCAGGGCAUUCGGGAAUAUGACACCCUAUGCCUUCGCUUUAAAUACUACACUUUCUUCGACUUGAAUCCAAAAUAUGAUCAGGUUCGUAUAAAUCAAUUAUAUGAACAGGCGAAGUGGUCCAUAUUGAACGAGGAACUUGACUGUACCGAUGAAGAAAGUCUAAUGUUUGCCGCUUUACAAUUUCAAAUAAAUCAACAGAACGAAACGUAUCAAGGUAUGGAUUCGUCGCGGCUUGAUUCUUCGCGUGCAGACAAUGGUGGAGGUGGUGGAACAGAUGAUGAUAUUGAUUCGGCACUGAAUGAAUUGCAAAUCUCUCUGGAGGGAGGACAAACAAAUACCGAUGCAAAUAUUACAAAGAUACCUGAGCUGUCGGACUAUUUACGCUUCUUGAAGCCAAGGAAAUUUACCCUAAAAGGAUACAAGCGGUAUUACUUUACCUACCGCGAUCUGCACUUACACCUCUAUAAGAGUGCAGAAGAGUCAAGGCGCGCAGCUCCAGCAAUUACCAUCAAUCUGAAAGGGUGUGAGGUUACACCAGAUAUUGUUCUGUCGCAGGGCAAAUUCUCAAUACGUUUAGAAGUACCGCCAGAGGGCGGUAAUGGUCCCAACAAUGAAGUUUGGAUACGUUGUGAAAAUGAGGAACAAUAUGCCAAAUGGAUGGCUGCCUGCCGUUUGGCCUCCAAGGGACGUUCUUUGGCCGACAGUUCAUACGAAAGCGAAGUUUCGAAUAUAAAAACGUUAUUGAAUUUACAAAAACCAGCCCAUGGUGUGGCGGUCAACAUUGACCCCCGUUCAAUUGAUGCCAACGAAUAUUUAUCACCUCGAAUUCUAAGAAAGUUUUCAAGUAAAGCCGCCCAACGUAUCUUGGAAGCACACGCAAACGUGAGUCAGCUGUCAUUAAUCGAUGCGAAACUGAAAUAUAUACAGGCCUGGCAGUCGUUGCCCAACUUUGGAGUAUCAUUUUUCGUUAUCAAAUUCGACGGCCAUAAAAAGGAAGAGUUAUUGGGUGUUGCCUACAAUCGCAUUAUGCGCAUGGACUUGAAUACAGGCGAUCACAUAAAGACCUGGCGUUACAAUCACAUGAAAGCAUGGAAUGUUAACUGGGGCAUCAAGUGUAUGAUGAUUCAGUUCCACGACGAGAACGUUGUAUUCUCGGUACAAUCGGCUGAUUGCAAAGUAGUUCAUGAAUUUAUUGGCGGUUAUAUAUUUAUGUCGAUGCGUUCGAAAGAGAACAAUCAGACACUAAAUGAAGAAAUGUUCCACAAGCUAACCGGUGGAUGGGUUUAA